AACGUAAACAUUGCAAAGAUCUGGCUUCGCGACCCGGGCCAGCACGCGACCAACGAGACUGUGUGUGAUUUUUAUCGAAACCCACAAAAAAAUGUUGGGCAAUGUAGCGAAAAUGCUCGGAAGCAGUGGCCUGUGCGUCACCCAAUCGGUGCUGCUCCAAUCGUCCCGGAACACCUUCGUGCUGAAGCGCCGGUUCCCACCGAACCUGUACAAGAAGAACCAGAAGCCGGGCAAGCUGCGGGGACGCCACUUUGUGUACGAUCUGGUCGAGGACACCACGAUCAAGAAGAAGCCGAACCUGGAGGUGGUGCUGACCGCGUUCGUCGAGGGCGUCGGUUCCAAGGGGGAUGUGGUGUCGCUCAAGCCGAACGAGGCGUACAACAAGCUGCUGCUGCCGGGACUGGCCGUCUACAAGACGCCGGAAAACGUGGCCAAAUAUGCGACCGAGAAGGACGAGAAGGAAACGGAAGUGCAUAGCUCGGCGUACGCACAGCGGACGGUGAACAAGCUGGAAAGUCUCAUACUGGCGGUCGUGAUGAACAAGGACCAUCCGUGGGUGAUCGAACCGUGGCACAUCAAGCUGUCGUUGCGGAAGGCGGGAUACUACGUGCCGGACAGUGCGAUCACCCUUCCGGACACGCCCAUCACUGGGCCGGAUCUGCUGAAGCAGAACAAGGAGUUCUACUGCACCGUGACGAUCAACAAUCUCGAGCAGGCACGGGUACGGUGCCGGAUACACCACUGGAGCACGGAGCCGAGCGACCGUCUGCCGUACGUGUUCGAGCACUGGAAGCUGGACGCGGAGCCACUGUUCGGGGAAGCGUCGCCGGCUAAAGCGUAGGCUUUUACGCGAUGCAGAGCUCACAGGAAUAAUACACAAUGAUCGAUUCAGGAAAUUGCCCUUUUUUGAUCGAGGCUAUACUGGUCCAACGAAUCGGAAAUGAGGCGAUUUUGAUUUCGAUAUAAUGGUUGAACGGAAAUUUCAUGAAAUUGAACUUACGUACUGCCCAAAUAUAGGCUAAAUAACCGUAGUUCCGAGCAAUCGGGAGUAAAGGA